AGGGGAACGAGAAAGACUCGAGUUCUCGCCAGAGCGCAGGUUCGCCGACGCUUUUGCGGAGCUCAUCCCGGAUGUUGACGGUCUUGUUCUCGUGGGAUGGUUGCAGCACGAGUUCGCUCCAAAUUUGGGUCUCCUCAUUUUCGUGACGGCCUUGCCAGAUGCCAGACCAAUGCGAGAUCCCCGAACCCGAGUCGUACGUCUCCUCGAUCCUUCUCGCGCAUGCCCAACCGCCGGAGGCCUUGGCCAGCGCCCUUCCCCUCCGUUGAUAUUUUGGCUCAGGUCAUUGCGGCCUUCACUGUUGUGGCAUUCUUCCAGGCUGCUUGUGAUUUCUCCGGUGUGUCCCAGCGCUGAGAGCCCCAAAUCUGUGCAAUUGCUGGUCUCGCUUCCAGAAUGUAUGAAGCAAACGUCAAUUCCAAAAAUGCAGUUUUGAACCCUCAGGCUAAGGGUUCUGACCUCCAGAACGCCGGAUUUGGAACUGACGAUUUUGGAGAUUUUGGGCCCUCUGGAGAGCCCCAAGUUUCCUGAUAUGGCAUCUGAGGAGCCUGCGACAAAGAAGGCGAAGACUGGCGAGGAGUCGUACUACAAGGUCAUUGACGGGGUCCGGUACGACCGCGCUCUGCUAGAGGCUGCUGAGGGCUUCGCCGCAGAUGGGCAGGUGGGCUAUCCAGAGGCCAGGAAGCUCUGGAAGAACGCCCAGGACGGCGCGGGCGUGACGGACAUCGAGAAGGCGACGCUCGAGUACGCCAUGAAAGUCUACAAGUUUUCGGAGCCCGCCAGGAAGUUCAUGACCACCUACCUGGCCGCAGGAAAGCACAGGUCCUACUACAAGACGGUGAGCAACGUGCAGUACGACCGUGCCCUGCUGGAGGCGGCCGAGAAGGCAGCGGCCGACGGCCAGAUCUCGUGGAGGGAGGCGAAGCAGCUUCUGGAGGACGCUUCCGACGGGAAGGGCAUGACGGGUACGGAGAAGGCCACCCUGGAGUACGCCUUGAAGACGUUCAAGUUCACGGACAAGGCCCGGAAGUUCCUGGAGGGCGGACUCCGGGUCGAGAAGCCCGCGUCCUACCCAGCCGCCUGCGGCCGCCCCGUGGCGCCACCGUGCCAGCGCAGCAUCGCCGCAGGGGUUGGGUUCAGUUGCAGACCCGCUCCAGAUCAGUGCCCUGUGAGGACUGGCGCGUGUCUCAACACCCCUUCCAGUCCUCGCCCUCGGCAUCGUUUUCCUAAAAUCCUCCCCGGUUUCUCAUGUAGAUAUAGGUCUAUGCAUAUGUGCGUGCGUAUGGCGCAGGUAAGGAAACUUCUGAACUUCAGAGAUGGCCCGCUCCGAUACUGAAGCGGACUCUGUUUGGAGCAUUUUGCUCGGAAAUUCGUCGCGGAGGGGCGAUGUCUGUUGCUUGCGGCACGUGGGGGCAUCGCCGCCAGAGGAAUGUUCUCGUACAAUUCGAUCUUCGUUCUGACGCUCCACUACGUAUCGUGCAAGCGCGGUGGAGGAUUACAGGAGCGUCGGCGGUAAGAAAUUCGAUCACGCGCUCCUGCUCGAGUUCGAGGAGGCCGCGAAGGACGGCGUCAUCAGCAAGGCAGAAGCGCAGCGCCUGUGGGACGUCGCCCAGGACGGCAAGGGAGUGACGGAGAUAGAGAGGGCGACCCUGAAGCACGCGCUGGACUCUGGCCUGUGCACGGGCCCUGCCAAGGCUCUCUUGGAGGAGAAGCUCGGGCUCAGCUGACCUGCGGGCUCCAGUUGUUCAGCCGCUGCUGCAUGCUCUUGUGCCGCUGCUGGCUCGGAGGCCCUCUGUCAGCGGUGGUGCGUGGGCAGCUCUCGGGGAGGCACCCCCCAGGGUGGCACCCCUGUUGUAUAGUCGGGCUGCUGUCCCGUUGAGGUCAGCUGACCUGCGGACGUGCCGCCCGCCGAGCAAUCGUUUUACCAGGUCCCAGGCGUGCGCAGCGAUCAGAGCGGUCAGAAUCAGAAGGGGGUGCCUCCUGGGACUGCCUCCCCCCUCAAUUCCCCCCCUGCUUCCCAGA